AUGGCUUCCAGGAUGGGCCCACGGAGCGUAAAGGACGCAACCCGAUUUACGUCCACAAUCCCCCACGCAACAUCGAAAGCCGCUCAGAGAACACCACGCAUCCCAGGCGAAACACCCGAGCAGCGAGUGAGGAGACUGCGGCAGGCUCAUCUUGCUGCCCAGCAUGCGAGUAUUAGCAAGACUGAUAAGUUUAUCGAUGCCUCGAGGAGAAUUUUCGAUGUAGCGCAUCGUUGGACGGUGGGAAGCAUUGUGGUGUUUACAGUUGUUGCAGCUGUUGUCUCCGGAUACUCUGUCUGGGAUAUGGUUCGUUACAACCGAGCCCGCCGAGCCGAAUGGGUCGAGGCCCAAAAGCUACUUGAAGCCGACGAGCUUGCUAUGGCACGUCUCGCCUACAUCAAGGGCGAGGCUACAGAGGACCAGAUCCUUCUCGUCGAGGAAGCCAACCAAGCUGCCGAGGCAAGAGGCGAGAAGCUACCACCUUUGCUCGAGGCACCUUCACACCGCACACAUUUCGAAGAACACAUCAAGCCCACAUUUGAAGAAAACGCAGAGGAGACUGUUACAAAGCCAUCAAGUGGGAAGGGUAUACUAGGGGUUUUCUCUGGUGUGCUAGGCGGCGGAUCGAAGAAGGAGGAGUCAACACAGGGCCGCCAGGAUUAUCAGACACAGUCAGUCGAGUCUGGUACUGUCAAGGUGAGGCUGGAGGAGGCGAUGGCAGCAGAGCGGGAGAGUCAACAAAAUGGAGGCCCCUUGGACAGGCUGGGUGUUGACCCUACAGGUGGCUCAGCAUCCAACAAGUCUUGGUGGAAGUUCUGGUGA